GUCAGCUGACUGCAGCAUAUGAUCCAGGGUGAAGACAGCAGCAGGAGUAGGCGGAUAGAUUUCUGUCUGUUAUUUGCUGAUAUUUCUUCUCACCGCCGCGAUCCGCCAUGGCUGGACGGGGUAAGCUGAUCGCAGUGAUCGGGGAUGAGGACACCUGCACGGGCUUCCUGCUGGGGGGGAUCGGAGAGCUCAACAAGAACCGUAAACCCAAUUUCUUGGUGGUGGAGAAGGACACCAGUAUCACAGAGAUAGAGGAGACCUUCAAGAGUUUCCUGGCUCGCAGUGACAUUGGCAUCAUCCUCAUCAACCAGUUCAUUGCAGAGAUGAUCCGCCAUGCCAUCGAUGCCCAUAUGCAGUCCAUUCCCGCUGUGUUGGAAAUCCCGUCAAAAGAGCACCCAUACGACGCUUCCAAGGACUCCAUCCUGCGCAGGGCCAAGGGCAUGUUCUCUGCAGAAGAUUUCCGAUAAGAAAAAGAACUGAAAGAAUUAAGACCUAGACAUGGCAGGAGAUGGGAGAGGAAUAGCGCUAGAUGAAGAGCAGCUGAUAUUUGAUGGAUUUCUCUCCCAUAUCUUGCCUGAGUUGGUUUAAAUACAGAAUACUUCUGUAAGUGUUAAUGUGUAUGUUAUUUAGUGUCUUUGUCUGUUAUGUUGGAUAAAGUGAAAUGGGGUAAGUGUGUACCAGUGAUCGAACACCUAACUGGAUUGUGUAACUUGUGAUUCUGUGAUUCCAAAUAUUUUUUCAGUCACAUUUAAAUUAUAAAUGGUAUAUGUAAAUUAUAAAAUGAUAUAAUCUAUAAAUCUGUAAGUUUAUUUAUUUAGACUGAGCUGUCAAACAUUCCAUUUUACUUACAGCAACUUCCAUUUAGGAGUGUAUAAUCAAAUUAUGAACAAAUAUUAAUAUUUAUACAAUUAUUAAUCAAAUAUUAUACAUAUUAUUAUAUACAUAUAUUAGGUGACCUGAUGAUAAUACAUCCUGCUUUGUUUUGUUUUUGUAUUUGAUUAAUCCUUCAAUAUUACUUCAUGUCCAUACAUAUGUGCGUUAACUUAUUUGUUAAUAACUGCAAGAGAGAGUCUCAUGUUCAUUAAAGAGCAUAUGUCAAAUCUG